CACGGCCUUUCUGCUUUGUUGAAUCGCUGCUACAGCUUUAUUUCAACAGUUCCAAUCAACCAAAUUCCAAUCAGGGUGUGUUUAUUUCUUCAAUCCUCUACAUGGGUCUUGCCUUUCGUCAACACCAAACACAUCACUGCUUUUUCAAAAACCAACUACAAAUACAAUACAAUGCAAAGCCAUAUUUACAGUAUUUCUUGUUCAGAUCAUAGAAAGUCCAAUAUGUUCCCGUCUAACCUACUUUAUGUUAACUAUUCAACUCGCUUUCCUUUCUAUUUUGCAGGAAAAUUGUUGAGAAUUGUGUUGGUUAUACUACCCUCUGAACGAUUCCUGUCAUGGGAAACUAAAGAAUCUUAGUUUUGUAAUUGGAUUUUCUCUUUCUCUCUUCAUUCUUUUUCUCUUUAUUUUCUUAUCGUUUUCUCGGGAAAAAAAGACGAGUCCUUGUUUGUCUUCUUGUUUAUUAUAAGUCAAGGUCCAUGUUCUUCAAUUGGAUUUGUAAUCAUGUCAUAUUCCUGGUUUUGGUUUUCAAGCAGGAAAUUGCGGGAAUUUCAUUCAAACCUCGAAGCUCACAAACAAAAAGAAACUCAACAUAGAAUAUUAUGCAUGUCAAAACUUUUUUCUAUACACUUUUUUAACCUUUGUUUUGAGCCGUUUUCCCUCUCAGUUUUGAAUUUUUCUGUUUUGAUCUUGAAGUAGAGUGGUCAUUGUUGCGUUGUUGUCAACGUGUUGUGAAUUUGAUCCGUUUUAAGAGUUUGGGUCGUCGUUUUUGAUGCAUUAAGAAUGGCCGAAGCAUCCAAAAUUCGUUUAGUUCGUUGCCCAAAGUGUGGGAAUGUGCUUCCAGAGCUCCCUGGCUACUCUGUAUAUGCAUGUGGAGGUUGUGAUGCUGUUCUUAUAGCUAAGAAGAAAGCGUUUGCAAGUGAGAUAUUGUGGGAGAAAUCUAAUAAGGAAAAGAAUGUGGAGAGUGAUGCGAAUCUUGCAACUGUAUCACAAAAAGUGAGUGGAAGUUUGGGCAGUUUGUCUGAGACUGACAAGGAGUGUGAUGGGAUUGAGCUUAAGCUUGGUAGGCGAAAAGAUAAAGUUUUGGCAGAAGGAAAUGUUAAUUUGGUUAGUGUUUCUUCUUCUUCAAGAAUGAAAGAUAUAGAGGUUUUAAUUGAUAAUGAGGAAAUUGAUUCUAGAGAAGAUCAUGAGGGUUUGAGGCUUGAUAAUAGUAAUUCUGGGAUAGAAAUUGAGACUGCUGGUGAACGUAGUCAGUCUCCGAAGUACCCGAUUAACGUUUUGGUUGGUGGAGAUGAUCAGGAUUUUAACUUGAAUAGGUCUAAUUCUGUUCAUUCAAGUGUUGUGAAAGGGGUUGAGGAAGUUUCAGCCAAAUCCAAAAAUUCUGCAGAGAUCAUAAAUUCAAGGGUGGUUGUGGACCAAGCAAGUGUACAAAAAGUGGGGGCUUUGGGUGUUGAUGAAGAUCCAGGAGAAGUUUUAGUUCAAUCAAAAUAUUUUACUGACGAAGGACCUUCAAACCACAAGCCUAAUUCAGCCUAUAGGUAUGGUGAACCAAUGAAGAACUUUGGGUACCAGGAUAGGCCUAAAAUAGUUGAAAGCUUAAAACUGAACCGACCUGGGAUUCUUAGGAAGUUGGACGAGUUGAAGGAACAAAUCAGUAGAUUGGAGGAUAAACCGAGGGAAGCAGUACUUGAUGACAAGAGAAUGACUCCACCUGAGUCUUCUAGGAAGCGUGCUGCUCAUAAUGUCUCAACUCAAUCAUUUACCAGGGGUAACCAUGUCCCAAAUCUACCUAAUUUCAGGCAUAACUGUGGACCUGCUACCUUUAUGAAUGAUCGUAAUUUUGAUUUGCAUAAUGUCUAUCCUCCUCUGAGGCAUGCCCCAACUAUGAUCCCAGGGUCUAACUAUGAGAAUCCUUUUCAGUCACAAAUGCUCAGGAGGCCGCCUGAUCAAACAUCCCUCCUAUACCCACAACAACUACCUCCUGACUAUAUUUCAGGACGGUACAUGAAUAACAAUCACGAUCUCCACCUAUCCCAUUCACAGGAACCAUAUUUUCAUCAGCCUGCAUGCUCAUGUGUGCACUACUGCAACAAAAAUCGGCAGGCUCCUCCAAAAGCCCCUGGCUCUAGUUUCAGCAAUAGAAGGGUUGUAAAGGACCAAAGGAGAUCCAAUUCCUACCAUCAUAUCAGAUCUGUUGCACAUGGUCCAAGGAAUUAUGAUCCUCUAGGUGGCAAUCCUCUUUCAUUGCACUCUCAAGAUCCUCAGUCACACACAAGAUGGCCAGUUGACAAUGAUGCAGAUGUUGAAGAUUUUUAUCAGAGUCUUCCAAAAAGAGUGGUGGCAGCCCAUGGCAAUAUACGGCUUUCUCAUCCCAUAGCAGGUGGUGCUCCAUUUUUAACAUGCUGUAAUUGCUUAGAGCUGCUAAAAUUGCCGAGGAAAGUCAUGAUAAUGGCAAAAAAUAUGCAGAAAAUAAAAUGCGGUAAUUGCGCAACUAUCUACUCAAUUGAAAUAAAGAACAAGAGUCUCAUAGUUUCUGUUGCUACCAAAACUGAGUGGAUAUCUAGGAAAGCUGAUGAUGGUUCGUUUGGCCUUGUUAAUAGAAACAUAGUCGACUCAAAUGUUGGUGGCAUGAACUCCUGCUCCAUUGAUUUUGAUAAUUCUGGUUCAAAUUUCUACUUUGCCGAUACCAAGCAGAAUCUCCAAUUAGAAGGGCCAAUGUUGAAAUUGGGUGAAUCUGAGAACCUGCAAUGCUGUUCAUCUUCGCCUUUAGUUUCUACUGAGGACCCAAAGAGCCGGGAUAGUGUUGUUGCCUACAGAGAUGCUUCCAAUUCUUCUGAUCUGCCUUCCAAAGAUGGCAUCUCCCCAACAAUUGUGGGUUCAAGUUUCAAUGAGCAUCUUGAUGAAUCCUGUUCUAUCUGUGCAGUGAGAAAUUCUGGGAAGGGAAACAGGAGUAAACGGUUAGAUGAAGAGAAAGAUAUCCUUAAGGAUGUUUCCUGUCAACAUUCUGGUGAGAAAGAUGCAUCAAUGGAAACUGAGGUGGAAGUAUCUUUUAACGAAUAUUUGUCUCAUGACUCUGAAGUAAGCAGAGAAGAAGAGAAACCCAGAAACAGAAAGGGGCAAAAAGCCUUCUUGGUAGGUCUUAUCAAGAAAAGCUUUAGAGAUUUCUCAAGGUCUAAUCAAAACAGGGUGAAUGCAAGACCUAAUGUUUCAGUUAAUGGGCGGUGUAUACCAAAUCGUUUGGUUAAAAAGGCUGAAAAACUUGCUGGUCCAAUUGAACCUGGAGAUUACUGGUACGAUUUUCAAGCUGGGUUCUGGGGUGUGAUGGGCCAACCUUGCUUGGGCAUAGUUUUUCCAUUUAUCAAAGAAUUCGAUUAUCGCAUGCCAAAAGAUUGUGCUGCUGGAAACACGGGUGUAUAUGUAAAUGGUAGAGAGCUUCAUCAGACAGAUCUGGACCUGCUUGCUGGCAGAGGACUGCCAACUAUGAGAGAUAAAAACUACAUUGUUGAGUUUUCUGGGAGAAUUGUGGACAAGGACUCUGGUAAAGAAUUAGAUAACCUUGGCAGACUCGCUCCAACAGUUGAGAAGGUAAAGCGAGGAUUCGGCAUGCGUGUUCCCAAAAUGACAUUGUAAUUCAGAUAUACCCAGUUUUUGUAGAUUCUGUUUCUCGUAACCUUGUAAACAAUGGGCAAUUCCCCUGCCCAUUUUCAGUAUGUGCUAUGUCCAUAUCUUAUGCGACAUGUAUUUGUAUUCGAAAUAGCUCAGUAUUAGUCUAUGUGCUUGUUUUA